AUGGCCCAAUAUCAUCCUAAGAUCACACCGGAGUCCCUCAAAGACAAAGUAUUGGUGGUGACUGGAGGUGCCAACGGAAUUGGUGCCAGUUUUGUCGAAUACUGCUGCCAACAUGGGGCAUAUGUCUGUUUUGGUGAUCUCGCUGUUGAUGCGGGCAGCCAGAUCGCCCAGAAUCUAUGCUCAUCUGGCUCAUCCUCUCCUCCGCGAGCUAUCUUCCAACAUACUGAUGUGACCGACUAUGAAUCCGUCCUUGGGUUGUUCGACCUGGCGUUGGAAAAGUACGGCCAUGUGGACCAUGCCAUAGCUUGUGCCGGAAUCAUGGAGAUCGGCAACUGCUUUGAUCCAGCGUUGACUCUGGAGACUGUCCGAGAAGCCCCAACGACCAAGGUCCUCGACGUCAAUCUCACUGGCUGCCUGUAUCUCGCUCGCAUCGCUAGCGUGUACCUACGCCACAACCGUCCAACGGACGCAGACCGAUCCAUAACUGUGAUCUCCUCACUUGCUGGGUUCAAGGAGACCCCAGGUGCGUUUGUCUAUCAGUCCUCCAAGCAUGGAGUGCUCGGAUUGAUGCGCUCUCUACGCCUGUACCUCCUUUCUGCUCCUCAUCGCAUCAGAAUCAAUGCUGUCUGUCCGUGGAUGACGACAACGGGAAUGGUAGAGGGCAUACGCAAUGCCUGGAUGAAGGCCAAUCUGCCCUCCAACUCUCCAGCAGACAUCGGCCACAUCAUUGCUGGGCUUCUUGCCGAUCCCACGCUCAAUGGUAAGUCCAUGUACGUCGAAGGUGGCCGGGCAUGGGCAAUUGAGGCAAAUCUGGAUCGCCUGGAGCCCGAGUGGCUGGGGGAGGAGCCAUCACGAUCGUUGGCCAAGGGACAGGCGUUAUUGGGAAGCGGUGACGUCUGGGUUCAAUGA